AUGGUGACUUGUCCGACCAGUCACCUCCCGCUCGUGCUGGUGUGCGUGCUGCUGGUGGCCCCGGCGCUGCGCGGACCGGGGCGCGGACCGGGGCGCGCCGGGACGCGCGCCGCGGCGGCGGAGCUCUCCACCAAAGCCGAGCCGGACUACGGAGACUACCGGGGGAAGUGGUGCAUCGACGACCACGGCUUCGUGUACGUGAUCGGGGAGGUGUACUACCCCAGUCCCACCGCGUGUCCCUGCACCUGCACGGUGGACGGGCCCGUGUGCGUCCACCCCCGGUGUCCGCGCAUCCACCCGCGCUGCACCCGCAUCCGGUACCGGGCGUGCUGCCCGGUGUGCGAGGCCGUGGCCCGGGUCUGCGUCUACGGGGGCAAGACCUACAGGCUGCUCGAGGAGUUCAGGUUAUCCAGGUGUGAGCGAUGUCGCUGCGAGGCCAACAGAGAAGUGUACUGCAGCAUCUCCGAGUGCCCGGCCCCCCACUGCGUGAACCCCAGCUACGAGCCCAACCACUGCUGCCCCAUCUGUAAGACCGGUCCCAACUGUUUUGCGGGCAGCCGGGUGAUCCCGGCGGGGGAGCGUGUGAAGGUGGACGAGCAGACGGUGUGUUACUGCACCUACCGGGACGGGACCUGGAACACCCACCCCCACGCCACCUGCGAGCAGCGGCCCCCCAGCUCCCCCGGGCCCCCCGGGCCCACGCCCAGCACCAGCCCCCCGCCCGCCAGGGACGAGGACGGCCGAGGGCGGGGAGGACGACGGUUCAUCCCCAGGCUGGACAUGAUCCCAUGAACCACAGCAUUUAUUAGAAGUAGACGUGUGUUUUAUGUAAAACAAACCCAGUUUCCUGUUCUGACCAACCGGAGUUCAGAGAUGAACGGUGGACGUUGACAAUGAUGUAAAUGACUUCUAAGUGCAGAAUAAGGUUGUGAUUCCUGAAAACCAUAAGUGAUGUGAGACAAAGUUGUUCCUGUGGAAACAGGAAGACAAGCAGAGACCCGAGUCAGACCCGCGACGACUACAAGGGGCAGUAAAUAGGAAAUAACUACCGAGGGGAAUUCAACGGUCCCUGUAACCUUCCCAACAGUUUCAUAUUUUUUUUCCCUUAGUGGCAGAAGAUGGUAGCUGUUAGGGGUGGGUUAAAAAUAUCGAUAUAUCGAUAUUUUAUCGAUAUGCAUGUGUAGGAACGAUUAUUGAUACAUAAAUCCAAGUAUCGAUUUAAAUUUUUUUUUUUUUUUUUUUUUUUUUUAAUCCCGAUUUUUUCCCCCAUUUUAUCACCCAGUGCUCCUACCUAAGUCAGUCCUGGGCAUUGCUCCAUCUACCAACCCCGG